AUUACUGGAAAUCUGCUGGUCACCAAAGCCUCCGCCUUGCCUUCGCUGCGAAGCCUGGGGGUCGUGGUUCCAGACUGCCACCUGGUGGCAGCGUUCCCGAUCUACGAUGCAGCUUCUACUUUCCUCGAGGCGGCCGACCACCGAGACGCGGCGUCCGUUUCCCAGAGCGACCCUAAGGCGUCUUCCGCCGGGAUCCGGGAGGAGGGCACGUCACUUCCUGUCGGGUUUCGGUCGGCUGGGCAGGAGCAGCAGGCGGGGCCUGGUCAUGCAGGCUGCUGUUGGGCAACGCUGAGGUCUUAGUUGUGGCACUCGGGAUCUUCGUUGCCACCUGCGGGAUCUUUAGUUGCGGCAUUCGAACUGUUAGUUGUGGCAUGUGGGAUCUAGUUCCCUGACCAGGGAUUGAACCCAGACCCCCUGCACUGGGAGCGUGGAGUCUCAGCCACUGGACCACCAGGGAAGUCCCAGUUUGCUUCUAAUUUUGUGGUGUCUUGUACAGAAGGUUUUUUUGAUGGAGUAAAAUUAAGCAACUUUUCCUUUAUGGAUGGUGUGUUUUCUGUAUUGUUUCCUUAUAAUAGCUGUAAACAUUUUAAAGAAACAUUUAGGCCUUCAGCCUGUCUGAAAUAUAUUUUUUUGUGCCAUGGAAGGCAGGAUCUAAUUUUACUUCCCUGUGGAAAUUCAGUUGUGCCAGCUUCAUUUAUUGAAUGGUGCAUUGCUCUUAACAUUGCAAGUGUGUCAUUAAUAUAUGCGUGGAUCUGUUCCAUUAUCCUCUUUCCUGUGCUCUUACAAUCAGCCCUCUGUAUCUGUGGGUUCUGCAUCUGUGGAUUCAACCAACUGGGGAUUGAAAGUGUUGGAGGAAAAAAAAUUGCAGAAAGUUCCAAAAAGUAAAACUUGGAUUUGCUACACCUAGCAACUUUGUAUAAAUUUUUAUUUAUUUAUUUGUUUAUUUGUUUAUUUAUGGCUGCGUUGGGUUUUCGUUGUUGCGCGCGGGCCUUCUCUAGUUGCGGUGAGUGGGAGCUACUCUUCAUUGUGGUGCGCAGGCUUCUCGUUGCGGUGGCUUCUCUGUGUUGCGGAGCACAGGCUCUAGGCAUGCGAGCUUCAGUAGUUGUGGCACGCGGGCUUUAGAGCGCAGGCUCAGUAGUUGUGGCACAUAGGCUUAGUUGCUCCGUGGCAUGUGGGAUCUUCCCUGACCAGGGCUCGAAUCCAUGUCCCCUACAUCAGCAGGUGGAUUCCUAACCACUGCGCCACCAGGGAAGACCCACCUGGCAAGUCUUUACAUAGUAUUUCCAUUGUAUCUACAACUAUUUACAUAGCAUCUACAUUGUGUUAAGUAUUGUAAGUAAUCUAGAGAUGAUUUAAAGUAUACGGGGGAUGUGUAUGUGUGUGGGUUAUAUGCAAAUACUAUGCCAUUUUAUAUAAGGGAGUUGAAUAUUUUUAGAUUUUGGUAUCCUAUUGGGGUCCUGGAAUCAAUUCUGCAUGGACACCUAGGGACAGCUGUAUCUCACUUUUAUUACCACAGCCUUAUAAUAAGACUUGACAUCUGGUAGGGCAUGGCUCUGCCUUAGUUCUUCUUUGGCAUUGCCUUGGUUAAUCUUAGAUCAUUACUCUUGUGAUAUUUAGAGUCAUUUUGGUCAGAUAUCAUGAUAUGUCCCGUUGCAGUUUUGCUUGUACAGAAUUAAUAGAUUCAUUUGGGGAGAACUGACAUUUUUGUGAUAUUGAGCCCUCCUGUUUAUGAACGUUGUCUUUUUCUCCAUAGGUUUUGUUUUUUUAUGUGUGUGUCCUUCAAUGAAGUUUUAUCAUCUUGUCCAUAAAGUUACAUUUGUUUUGUUAGAUUUCGUAGGUGCUGUAUAGUUUUUGUAGCUGUUAGGAAUGCUGUUUUUUUGGUUGCUGAUUGUUAGUAUAUGGGAGUAAUAUUAAUUAGUCUAUUGAUCUUGUAUAUGGCAAUCCUGUUGAACUUUUAUCAUCCCAACACUAGGUUGAUACUCUCGGAUUUUCUAUGUAGGUUGUCUUUUUUCUUCUUCUUCUUUUUUAUUUUGGUUGCGUGGUGGCAUGUGCAAUCUUAGUUCCCCAACCUGGGAUCUAAACCCGUGUCCCUUGCAGUGGGAGCACGGAGUCCUAACCACGGAACUGUAGCUUCUAUUUCUUUUUCUGUGACUUAAUGCAUUGGCUAGGGUCUUUGGUACACUGUUACAUAGCAGCUGGGUGAGGGAGCAAGCAUCUGCCUCUUGUCGCUGACUAAUGCUAAUGCUUCUGUUGUGUUCCCUUAGCGUUGUUAUGAAACAGACUUGAGUGCUAGGAGUGCCAGGGUCUUGGCCUGCACUCUGAGAACCACCACUCUUAAUGUGUGGUAUGUAGAGUUGUGUUCCCUUUUUUGUUCUUAAUAGUAUUUCCUUUCCCACCUUUUCCCCUUCCCCACAUUGGACUUGCCAGACAUUUGUGUAUUUUAUUAGCAUUUUCAAAGAACCAAGUUUGAGAUUAUUUUCUGUUUCUUUAAACUGUGUUUAUUUUUUUUCAUCUUCUUUCCUUGAAUUGCUUUCUUAUCCUGUGCCUGGUUUCUUGUUGAACGCUUAGAUUAUUAUUUCAAUCUCUUUGUUAAAAUAAGUGCAUUAAGGUUUCCCUUAGGUAGUCUCUGUUUCCAUUUCCACCUUAAUUUCCAUUUCUAUGUUUUUCUUGAAGGGGGGGUUCUUUUUUAAAUCACAUAUUUCUAGUGGAACAACAAUAUGAAAGUUUGCCAAAUGAUAUCAGCCUUUGGAACUUUUUGUGUUUUUUUAAUAUAUAUAUAUAUAUACACACACACACAUAUAUAUAUAUACACACAUAUAUAUGUAUAUAUAUAUAUACACACAUUUUUUAAGAUUUGUUUAUCAUUAUUAUUAUUUUUUUGUGGUAUGCGGGCCUCUCACUGCCGCGGCCUCCCAUGUUGUGGAGCACAGGCUCCGGAUGCGCAGGCUCAGCGGCCGUGGCUUGCAGGCUCAGCGGCCGUGGCUCACGGGCCCAGCUGCUCUGCAGCAUGUGGGAUCUUCCCGGACCGGGGCAAGAACCCGUGUCCCCUGCACCGGCAGACGGACUCUCAACCACUGCGCCACCAGGGAAGCCCAUAUUUUUUAUUAUUUAUUUAUUUUAUUUUAUUUAUUUUUGGGUGCGUUUGGUCUUAGUUGUGGCACGUGGGAUCUUUUGUUGCGGUGUGCGGGCUCUUUGUUGUGGCGUGUGGGCUUCUCUCUACUUGUGGUGUGUGGGUUUUGUCUUCUAGUUGUGGCGCGCAGGCUCCAUGGCGUGUGGACUAAGAAGUUGUGGCACGCGGGCUUAAUUGCCCCGUGGCAUGUGGGCUCUUAGUUCUCCGAGCAGUGAUCAAACCCACAUCCCCUGCAUUGGAAGGCAGAUUCUUUACCACUGGCCCACCAGGGAAGUCCCUGGAAUAUUUUGAAACUUUCUUUUUUGCCUGGUGUGUGUUGUUUCUUACAAUUUCAGUGUACAUUUUGAAAAAGUGUAUUCUCUGUGCUUUAAGUAAAUAUCCUCUAUUUGAUCCACUCAUUUCUGAGGGAAGUGUGUUAAAAUCUCUCAUUCCAGGGGAGGGUUUGCACGUUUCUCUUUGGCACUGCACUUAGCUUUGGCUUUCUACGCUUCAAGGAUUUGUUUGUAGAUACACGUUUGUAAUUACAGCUUUUGGUGGAUUUUUCGUUUUAUUAAUUCCCGGUGUCUGCUUUUGUUCCUAAUAAUGAUUUUUGCUUUCAGUCUUGUUUUGAUUGGUAUAAACAUCGCUAAGGCACAUGCAGCAAAGCAUGUUCAGCUCGCAAACACCGUGCUAAGGAGAAGAAGGCAGCACGGAGUGCAGAAGGCAUAGCCCCUCUGACAGAGUCUGCAGGGCGCUGAUCUGUGCUGCCAGGAGCCCGGCAGAGGCUCUCCUGGGAGGCCGGCAAGUAGGCAGAGCCUGCAGCGGCGGCAGGGCUGCCAGGGCCUGGUUCUGUGGGCCGGGCCCCUCGAGCUGUGUGUUCGGGUUGUCAACUCUGCUGUAUAAACGUCAUACUCCAAUAAAUAGCUUUAAAGAUACAGAAAAGGUAAAUAUAGCUAUUAUAGCUUUAUUUUAAUUAGUGUUUCUUUGGUCUGUCUUAUAUUUAGCCUUUCUGUGUUAUUUUAGGUUAUAUACGUGCAUUUUGUGUAUCUAAUUGGAGAGUCUUGUGCUUCCAGUAGGUGAGCUUAAUCCUUUUACUUCUAACUGUUACACAUCCAUUGGUCUUGUUUUUACUAGUUUUGUAUUUUUUGCCUCAUCUUUGACUUUGCUUUAUGCCUUCUAUUGAUUUUUUUUCGUUUAACUCCUUUUUUUUUCCUCAGCCCUUAAUGUGUUAUCUUUAUUCUUUCAUGUAAAGUGAAUGACUGUCUCCAUCCUCCUCUUGAAUGAGACUACUUGGUGCCCGGGAGGAGGUGGGGGCAGAUGACCUGAAAUGUUGUACGUGUCUGCAGGGAGCAGAGUCCGCCCGGAAGGCCAAGCCCUGAGGCUGCGGCUGCAGGAGGGGCCCGGCUGGACCUCCACAUGUGCCUCUCUCUUCCCUCAGCACCUGAGUGACUGGCUCCUGCCUCAAUCCCCGGGAAGCCCAGGGUACUAGGCGAUGGCAGCUUUGCAUCUGUCUGCCCUGCCCCAGGCUGAAGUGACCUUCGAGGACGUGGCCGUGCUCCUCUCCAGGGAGGAGUGGGGCCGUUUGGGCCCUGUUCAGAAGGGCCUCUACAGGGAUGUGAUGCUGGAAACCUACAGGAACCUGGUCUCUCUGGGAGCUGGACCUGCAGGCCCCAAGCCAGAGGUGAUUACACAGUUGGAGCGAGGGGAUGAGCCGUGGGUCCCGGACGUGCAGGGGAGAGAGCGACCGACCAUCGAUGGCUCAGCUCAUGGGACCAGGACUGAGAAUCAGGAGUUGACUUCAAGCGAGAUGCUCUAUGGGGAAGAACUGGACCGACUCAGGGGGAGUUUUCUCCAGGGACCUGAGCCAGGAGAAGCCUGUGAGCAUGUCAGGGAGCCAGAGGGGAGCAUGGACGGGCCUGUGGAGCAGAGAGGCCCCAGGCCAGUCACACUGGCCAACAAAGAGAGUGGCCUGGAGUCUGGGGGAAACCUCAGGUUGGGGUCAAGCACUCUCCCUGAUCAGAGACCUCACAAAUGCGAUAUAUGUGAGCAGAGUUUUGAACAGAGAUCGUAUCUUAAUAACCAUAAGCGUGUACACAGGUCCAAAAAAACAAAUAUGGUGCGUGAUUUGGGGGAAGUUUUCACUGCAAAUUUAGUUGUUAAAGAAGAUCACAAAAUUCCUAUUGGAAAAAAAUUGCAUUAUUGUGGUUGCUGUGGGAAAGCCUUCAGGUACAGUGCUAACCUUGCCAAGCACCAGCGGCUGCACAGCGAAGAGAAGCCCUACAAGUGCGACGAGUGUGGGAAAGCCUUCCACCAGAGCUGCGAACUCAUCAAUCAUCGCAGGAUGCACUCCGGGGAGAUCCCCUACCGCUGCGAUGAGUGCGGGAAGACGUUCAAUCAGAGGCCAAAUCUCAUGAAGCAUCAAAGGAUCCACACUGGGGAGAAGCCCUACAAGUGUAGUGAGUGUGGGAAGCACUUCAGUGCCUACUCGUCCCUCAUUUAUCACCAGAGGAUCCACACUGGAGAGAAGCCCUACAAGUGCAACGACUGUGGGAAGGCCUUCAGUGACGGCUCAAUCCUCAUCCGACAUCGUCGGACUCACACUGGAGAGAAGCCAUAUGAGUGCAAAGAAUGUGGCAAAGGCUUUACCCAGAGUUCUAACCUUAUUCAACAUCAAAGAAUUCACACUGGAGAAAAACCCUAUAAAUGUAAUGAAUGUGAGAAAGCCUUCAUCCAAAAAACCAAGCUUGUUGAACAUCAGAGAAGCCACACCGGAGAAAAGCCCUAUGAAUGUAAUGACUGUGGCAAGGUUUUCAGCCAGAGCACCCACCUCAUCCAGCAUCAGAGGAUCCACACAGGAGAGAAACCCUACAAGUGUGGUGAGUGUGGGAAGGCCUUCCACAACAGUUCCAGACUCAUCCACCAUCAGAGGUCACACCACGGAGAGAAGCCGUACAAAUGCACUGAUUGCAAGAAAGCCUUCAGCCAGGGCACAUACCUCCUGCAGCACCGGAGGAUUCACACCGGGGAGAAGCCGUACACGUGCGGCGAGUGUGGCAAGGCCUUCCGGCACAGCUCCAACAUGUCCCAGCAUCAGAGGAUUCACCUCCGGGAAGACUUUUCCCCAUGACUAGGGGAGGCCCCUGAGGUCUGCUGUGCACUUCCUGCAUGUGACCCACCCAGCCCUUUACCUGCUGUCCACAUAGUGUUGUCACAGGUGAAAGAGCAUUUCUGUCUAAUUAAAAAGAGUCUUAAAACAGAAGCAGUGCAUGGUCACUUUAGAGAAAUCGAGUGAGAAACGUAAGCAAACAGGAGAAACUCCUGUAGCUUCCCCUUAGACAAAGAGAACUCACCACCACUGCGCCCGGUGUAGGUUUCGUCCAGACACACCAAACAGCAUCCUCUAGAGAAGUACUGUGGUGCUUUCUGUGCAGCUCGUUUCCUCAAUCCUAGAAAACUCACACUGGAGAGAUCUAUGUGUUUACAUUGUUUUACACAUUGUAAAUUUAAAAAAAUUGGCAUAUUGUUCAUACUUUUCUGUGUCACUUAAUAGAAUUAAUAAUUGCUUUUUUUAUUGUGGUAAAAUAAUAUACGAUGUUACAUGUACCAUUUAAACCAUUUUUGACUGUACAAUUCAGUGGCAUUAGAUACAUUCACAAUAUUGUAUAGCUAUCAGCAAAUCUGUUUCCAAACUGGUUUAUCUGAAACAGAAACUCUGCACCCAUUAAACAGUAACUCUUCACUCUCCCCCUUUCCAUUUUUCUGUCUCAGAGAAUUUGCCUAUUCUAAGUACGUCAUAUAAGUGAGGUCAUACAACAUUUGCCCUUUAUGUCCUGGCUUAUUUCACUUAGCAUAAUGUCCUCAAGGUUCAUCCGUGUUGUAGCAGGUGUCAGGACAACAUUCUUUCUUUACAGCUGAUUAAUAACUGCACUGUUUGUAGAUACCAUGUUUUGUUUACCCAUCAUUUGUUGAUAGAUUACUUGGGUGUUUCUGCCUGUUGAUUAUUGUGCAUAAUGCUGCUAUGAACAUUGGUAUACAGAUCUGUACUUGUACUUUCCCUACUUUCAGUACUUUGGGGUAUA